AACUUCGUCGCCGUGACGCCAUUCGUCUGCGACUGCGCGGGCCUGUAGGUUCCCUGCCGCGGCCUGUCUCCCGCGUGAAAAUCUAGAGCUGUUGGUUCUCUUCUGUGGCCUCUGACCUGGGAGCAAAGGGAAAGCGGCGAGAUGACGGACCGCUACACCAUCCACAGUCAGCUGGAGCACCUGCAGUCCAAGUACAUCGGCACGGGUCACGCCGACACCACCAAGUGGGAAUGGCUGGUGAACCAGCACCGCGACUCCUACUGCUCUUACAUGGGCCACUUCGACCUUCUGAACUACUUUGCCAUUGCGGAGAAUGAGAGCAAAGCGCGAGUCCGCUUCAACUUGAUGGAGAAAAUGCUGCAGCCUUGCGGACCACCAGCCGACAAGCCGGAGGAGAACUGAGACCGCUGUGCGGGAGCAUCUCCUGAGUUCCUCCCUUUUUGCCGUCAUUCCCGCCUGUUCCCGUACCAAGUGGACCGAUUCUCCAUGGCUCCUAUUUCUCGUGCUUUCCCAGUGCAGAAGUGCUUACCCGAGGGCGUCCCGCCUGACCCGCCGUCCUGUGGACCCUUUGGAACACAGCGCUGGGAGAUACCAUCAGGACGCCUGAGAACUGAGACGGUGGAGAGAUCCUGAAGCCAGCCAGAGAGGGGAGAAGGCACUGGAAUGAGACGGAAUUUGGAGGCUCGUUUUUGGCUAGUUGAUUGUUGUCGUUGCUUUUUCUAUAAAGUUUAGAAAUUUUUCAGUCA